AACAAAAGUGCGUCAAGCAUGCUCAGCUGACGACGUAUAUCGCCAGUCCAAUGAUGUAACACGUCCAAUUGGCCAUAUCAAAUUAUUAUCAGUUUUUUGUGCUAGUAUUUGCAUAUUAAUAUAUAAUCUGGCCCACUUUUGUUAUCAAACAAACCAAUAAUCUUAAGUAUUAACAACUCAGAUAAUACGGGACAACAUCAAACAUGAAUAUGCUUAUGAGGUUUAACAAAAAAUUCCUUGACAAGGGUUCAAAUGUUUGUCAAAGUAUUAAAAAUUAUGCCUCCGAAGCAUCAUUUGAAACUAAGCCUUUCCGCUUGCAUAAAUUGGAAAGUGGUCCAUCAACACAUGUAUCAGUAACAAAAGAAGAUGCGUUGAAAUAUUACAAGCAAUUACACACAAUCCGGCGAAUGGAAACAGCUGCCGGAAAUUUGUACAAAGAAAAAAUUGUUCGAGGUUUUUGUCACUUGUACUCUGGACAGGAAGCUUGUGCAGUUGGAAUGACUGCUGCAUUGCGCCCUCAAGAUUCUGUAAUCACUGCUUAUCGUGCUCAUGGUUGGACUUAUCUCAUGGGUGUAACACCUCUUGGAGUUUUGGCUGAAUUAACUGGUCGUCAAAGUGGCAAUGCUAGAGGAAAAGGAGGUUCGAUGCAUAUGUAUGCAAGAAACUUUUAUGGAGGAAACGGCAUCGUCGGAGCUCAGGUACCUUUAGGAGCAGGUAUUGCUUUUGCUCAGAAAUAUCAAAAUACUGGCGGAGUUUGUCUCGCUUUGUACGGAGAUGGUGCUGCCAAUCAAGGACAAAUUUUCGAAGUUUAUAACAUGUCAAAACUUUGGGAUGUACCUUGCAUAUUUAUUUGUGAAAAUAAUGGGUAUGGAAUGGGCACUAGCGCAGAAAGAGCUUCUGCUUCCACUGAAUACUACACUAGAGGAGAUUACGUUCCCGGAAUAUGGGUUGAUGGAAUGGACGUGCUUGCAGUACGAGAAGCUACGAGAUUUGCAAUUGAACAUUGCACAUCGGGUAAAGGUCCAUUGGUAAUGGAAACAUUUACGUAUCGCUACAGUGGACAUAGUAUGUCCGAUCCAGGCACAAGCUACAGAACUAGAGAUGAAAUUCAAGAAGUUAGACAAACUAGAGAUCCUUUGACUAGCUUUAAGGAAAGGAUAUUAAAUGCCAACCUUGUAACCGCUGAUGAACUUAAGAGUAUCGAAGCCGACAUCAGAAAAGAAAUCGACGAUGCUGUAAAAAUAGCGAAAUCAGAUAAGGAAAUUGAUCUGCACGAACUAACGACCGAUAUAUAUGCAUUGAAUAUUGAUAAAGAAAUUCGUAAUACCACGCCAUUCAAACCACUACCAGCCUCUAAUUUAGGCCCGGCUAUAAAUGUAUAAAAACUUUAGAAAAAUAAAUUUUAUUUGGGAAAAUUAUGAUUAUAUUCGAUCGACGUGUACAUAAAAAUGUAUUUCAUGUAAGACAACAUCUUAUAUGAAGUCUCCACCUUCGCCAUUAUUUACAUCGCAUUAUGAAUGUGUGUUCACUGCUUUGAAGGGUAAAACCAAAAAUGUAAUACUUUUAUUGGAGUACUAGUUCUUCGGAAUAAAUCGAACUCACACUUUCUUGUAAUAUUACCUACUCAAUCAGGACUUAGCGUCUGUUGCUACCAAAUCUAGCUAGUCAAAAAUAUAUCUUAUAUAAGAGUUAUAGUGAAUUUUAUUAAUAUCUACUAAAUUAAAAUUUUUUAUUGCAGACGUUAACAGUUGUACAAUCGUUAAAUUAUAUUACGUUUAAUGUCUUCGUUAUGCAUUGUUUUCCAAAAAUUCAUGUACAUUAUUUAAGAAAUCUUAGAGUAGAAAGAAUUAAAAAGCAUUUAAUGAUGUUGAUAAUUAUUCUGGUUUCAGCAUGCACUAGAGAAUUUAGUAUGCUAUAUCAUCAUACGUUACAUCUGAACAUUUUCAUUGUUGUAGUACACCGGUUUGAUUUCAAUUUUGGAAUAGCGAAAAAACGUAAACUCAGCGAAGUAGGGGAUCUGCCUAUGCUAGCCUAUGUACUAUUAUUACUAUUGUCUCGUAUCUUAUACAUUCAAGCAACCCCUACUUCACUGUGUUUACGUUUUCUCGACAUUUCAAAAUUAUAAUCGAACCAGUGUACAUUAUGAUACACGUGACUUGAGUAGCCUAUAAAGCACCCGAACAUUUAUGUUCCCAUUUCCAAGAUAUAAGUUGUCGAUGCACCACAGCGUGCUUAAUACGGGUUGACCUUUAACAGUUGCUCUGAGGUAUUAUAUCCAAAAUCAAAUUCGCGAGUUUAAUCUUAUGGACUAUGUCUCAUACAAAUCAACUUAUAUAUUAGAAACGGGGUAAUAAAAGUAUACUAAAACGCAGUGUUGUAAUGAUAAUUUAUAACACUUUAACCUAAAAAUCGUAAAUUUGUCGUAAGUUUUAGGUUACUGUGCUAUGAACUAUUGUAUGAUUUUUCCGACAACGCUGGGGCAGCAACUGAUGAUGUUCGUUUUGCACAAAAGAGCACGCAUACACACCCAUUAUUGCAAACUAGCGAAUCGUUUGGUCCAUACAGACUUCAUUACAGAUCUCGCAACGCUAAGUGGGUUCUUAUCUAUACCAAUCCUGAAAAUGCUACUUACGUCACUUGUAUCUCAUUCUAUUAAUAAUAUCUUUUCACUAUUUUAAGCAAUUUAGAACAUUGUAAACUAAUUAAGUUAAAUUUUAACACGUAAUAAAUGACGUCUCCACACCAUA